GUAUUAUUUUUUAUUUGCACGCCAUCUGAAGCACAACGCCAUCAUUCGAUCGCAAGUUUAGCUCUCGACCGUUCGCCGCCUCGAUCCGAUAUUCGUAUUUGGAAUGAACAACAAUAAAAUCGCCACAAAUAAAGUAAACGGUCCAAACAAGUGCCACAGUGACAAAUAAGUCGCCUAAAUCCAGCCGAUACAGAUGAAUCAAAUCAAUUUUUGUCAAUAACUAAACAAAACAAGCGAUAACCGUUACCAACAAACUAAAAAGGCUUGAAUCCAACUUGAAUCAAAAUCGAAACCGAAAACUUACGAAGGAGCAAAAAAAAAACGAUACUACUCUAAAGUAUAAUCCAAAGGAGCAAAUAUAAGACAAAACACAGUAACACACAAAAGGAUCAAGAACUUCAAAUAAAACUCCAAAAACAAAGGACUAACACUUUAAGGAAACAUUCAAAUUUGCCGCCCAACCGCUGAGCUUUUGCAACACUUUCUGAACUUUUUUUGCUGCAUCCCUGGUUUCGGGCUGUCAGCUGUCAAUUUUUGCCCCAAGUGGCCAAGUGUUUGUGUUUGUGUGUGCGUGCGUGUUGCAAAAUCGCGGCGUUGCAGCCAAAAAAAUCGCGUUUCGCCCUCCGAAAUUGUUAAUAAUUUUGAUAAAACGGGCCAAAACACUGCAAAAACAAGGAACAGGCCUGCAGGCAGCGGCGGCAGUAGCCCCCAGGCAAACGGCAACGCAGCAGCAGCGGCGGCGCAGCAAACGGCCAGAAGCCAUCAGCCAGCAGCAGAGUAUCAGAAGUAUCGCGUUGUGUGCGCGCGGUGUGUGUUUUGUGUGUUAUUUUUGGAAUUAAGAAUCAAAUACGGGCGCUAGGCGGCUGGCAAAGUGUGCCGCGGCCGGAUUUCUGAUUUCGGAUUGCUAGGCAAGGUAGCAAUAAUAGACGCGCGCGGUGCCUUGGAUUUCUACGGCUCCACGGUGGAGAACUAUUACCUCAGAAUGGAUCCGACGCGGGGCGACUCGCGCUACAACCUCAACUACUCGAUGAGUAGUAUAGGUCUCAGUCUCGCCGAUCAGGCGGACAUGUACGGCAAUCCGGCGGUGGCCGCCCUGGGUGCCCGUCCGCCCUCCGGCGGCCUACUCCAGAACAUGGGCGGCCCGUCGAUGCAGCGUCCCGGUGCCGGAGGUGGCGGUGCACCCACUGGCCAAUGCCAGACCCUGGGCAACAGUCAGACCUCCCAUCACAGCCCGCAGCAUGCCUCCCAGCAGCAGCAGCAGCAGCAACAGCAGCAGCAACACCAACAGCAACAGCAGCAGCAACAGCGUGGCCUGAAGCGAUCUGGAAGCGACUGCUAUGAGGAUCACCAUCGGUCAGCCGGUGGUGGACUCACGCUCCAGGGCCUGGACAACUGCGGCGCCGCCGGUAGCGUCACCAGCGCCGGCGUGGACGAUAACGUGGAUGGCUACAAUCCGCUGCCAAACAAAAAAUCUCCACCCGCCAACGGCAAGAAGACAAAGGGACGUGUCAAAAUCAAAAUGGAAUAUAUCGACAACAAGCUGCGUCGCUACACGACCUUCUCCAAGCGCAAAACGGGCAUCAUGAAGAAGGCCUACGAGCUGUCAACACUGACCGGAACGCAGGUGAUGCUCCUGGUGGCCAGCGAGACCGGCCACGUCUACACAUUUGCCACGCGCAAGCUCCAGCCGAUGAUCACUUCCGAGGCGGGCAAGCAGCUCAUCCAGACCUGCCUCAAUUCGCCGGAUCCGCCGAGCGUCGGUGGUGGGGAUCAACGGAUGUCGGCCACGGGCUUCGAGGAGACGGAGCUCAGCUACAAUAUCGCCGACGAGGACUCCAAAGAUGAGCGAUCACCGACAUCGUCGGGCAACGAAUCGGAUGACUCCUCCGAUGUGGAGAUGCCGGGUGGCGAGGUAAUCGAGGUGGCUACCAGCAAGGCGGCCACGGUGGCCAGCAAAACAGAGGUAGCUCCUGCCCCACCAACCGCAGCGGGAACGUCCGGGGCAACGGCAGUCACCACAGCCACGGGAGCGGGCACCAAGCCCAUGCCAGCAUUGAACUAUCAGACUGAGAACGGACCAUCGACGUCCACAGGAGCCGGAGCAGCAGCAGCGGGAGCGGGAGCCCCAGCGGACAGCAAGUAUGUCUACUCAGCUGCAUCGUUUGCCAAUAUACCGCCCAAAAUGUUGAGGCAACUGAUACGGACCGGACACUUGCAACUGCACGCCGAGGAAGAUGGCAACCAAUAUGUGACCAUACCCCUCAGCUCUACAGCGGCCAACCUAAUCAAAAGUAACAAGCUAACAACCUCCAGCGGAACAGCAACAGGAACGGGAUCAGGGACCUCGACUGCCACCAAAACGGAUCAAAGUGCCGAACAACCCUUGACCAUCAAACAGGAAUAUGAUUAGCAACCGAAGCCACCCACUGCUUAUCCAGAAUCGGAAACUGAGAACUGCGUUUAUCCACAGGCCCAAGCCCCCAUCCUCAUGGAACCAAUCCUCAGCAGGAGAUGCCCAUCACACACACUCUCUAUUAAAGUCUAUCCAAAGUUUAUUUCAUGUCAUCAUCCAAUGGUGACCUCGAUCGCCUGCUAAGUCUAAGUCAUACUAUAUCUAUUAUAUCGUAUACAUAUACUAUUUUUAUACCUAAAGUGAAGGAAAAUGAAAAAAAAAACGCCCCCUAGUUGGGUCCCCAAGAUGCCCAGCGGCAUAUAUACAUAUAUAUCUACGUAAGUUUUAAAGAGUUUGCAGGUUAAAGGCAUUAAACAUGUAUGAUGAAAUGAAUUAUGAAUUAUGAUCGGAAAGUGAGGAUGAUAUGGAUGUUCCUAAACCGCAGAGAUCAUGUUGCUUUGUUACUAGUUUAUAUUGUUUUAUUAUACAAUACAAUGGAUACAUAUAAACCACUUUUUUUGCAUAAAAAUCAA